AUGUUAUUAAAAAUAUGGUAUAAACUUGAUAUUAGAGAUUAUAAUAAUUGGUUAUGUAUUAUUCAUACAAGUUUAUCAAAUUAUUUAUUAUAUUGGUCAGCAUAUAUGCAAUGUAUUUUAUCAAUACAACGUUGUUAUCUUGUAUUAUAUCCAUUAAAAAUUAAAUCAAAAUGGAUUUCAUUAACAAAAUUAUUUAUUUAUCAAAUUAUCAUAUCGAUUUUAUUAAUUAUACCAAUACUUCCAUAUCCAUUAUAUUGGCAAAUUAUUAAUAAUGAUUGUGAUCCAAUCAAUGAAAAAAUAUUUCGUUUAACAACAUUAUGUGAUUUAAUAUUUUGGGGAUUAAUACCAGUAUUUGUUAUGACUACAUGUACAGGAAUUAUUUGUCGUAAUUUAUUAGCAAGAAAUAAAUUUACAAAUAAAACGAUUCAAUCUAAAAUGAAAAUGAAUCAAUCUAAUAAUCAUAAUCAUAAUAAUUAUUAUUAUUGUUCAUCUCAUACAACGAGAAAUAUCAGUGAUUUAUGUAAAAUUCAUUAUCCAGAAGACACUGAAAUACAUAUACAUAAGGAAAAGAAAUCAUGUUGUUCAGAAAGUGUAAUAUCAAAUCAAGAAAAUAUAUUGACUAUAAAUAAUCAGACAAUUCGUUCAAUGAAUGACAUUCGAACAACAUCAGAGUUAAAUAAACGUAAAUAUAUUACACAAGAUAGUCAUACACAUGUAACACCAUUAUUAUUAUGCAUGAAUUUUGUUUAUAUGGCUAGUGUAUGUCCAUUACUUAUUUAUUUUUUAUAUUUAAAUUUCAUUGUAGAUAGUAUUGAUAAUAAUAUGCAUAAAUUUCUAUACUACUUAUUUCGUAGUUUAUGCUUAUUGACUACAUGUACUAAUUGGAUAUUUUAUUGUGUGGCUGGUAAAAAAUUUCGUGAUCGUACAAAACAAUUAUUAUUAUCAUUAUGUAAUUCUAAUAAAAUUUCAUCCGUCAUUAAUGAAAAUGGUUUCUUAAUUAUUAAAUAUACUGAUAAGCAUAGGUGUUCAGUUUCAAAUAUAACAAGAACCAAAGGAUUAUCAUCAUCGGAUAAUUAA